CCAGUUCUGUCAGUCUAUGAGGUUAUUUUCUUACCCAGUUAUUUCUGAAUGCCCGGACUUGUAGAACGGCUAGGCUUUGAUAGAUAGAAGCCUGCACAGAUAGAGACAGAAGAGCCGUAUCCAUGCACUAACAACGAAGAAAAUGAUCAUCUGCACGAAAAAAAUGGAUUAUCGCCUCGGAACCCAGUGCCAGCGCGUCCAAAAUCAGGUGAAAGUGAACUCUGAGAAGGAGCGUGCCUCAGUGCUGUGCAUGAAGGCGCUGGCCAGCAGGGGGCGCCUGGACUCUGUUUCUCAGCACAUGGCCUCCCACCCGCAGUACCUGGAGAGCUUCCUGCGCACGCAGCACUACAUCCUCUUCAUGGAUGGCCCUCUGCCUCUGCAGUACCGCCACUACAUAGCCAUCAUGGCGGCAGCACGGCACCACUGCAGCUACCUGGUGUCCCUGCACACGGCACAGUUCCUGCGGGCAGGCGGGGAGCCGCUGUGGCUCCAGGGCCUUGAGACGGCGCCCCCGCGUCUGCAGCACCUCGACCACAUCAACAAGGUGCUGGCCCACCAGCCCUGGCUCACCUCGCGCUCACACAUACAGGCCUUGCUGAAGAGCGGCGAGCAGUGCUGGUCUCUGGCGGAGCUGGUGCAGGCCGUGGUGCUGCUGGCACACUGCCACUCCCUCUGCAGCUUCGUCUUCGGCUGCGGCACAGACACCGAGCCCGUCCCCACUCCCAGAAUCCCCCACGGCACGCCCCCCGGCUACUGCCUGUCUGACGCCGCCAACGGCAACACCACCGUGCCCCUGACGCCCAGCGUGCCUUCCGAGAGGAUGCCACGGCGACGGUCUUUGGACUCCAGCUGUGAUGUGGCCCUCCGAGAGAGAAUCCAGAAAUCCCAGGAGGAGAAAGAGCGGAGAGGAGAGCGGCUGCUGUACUCGCAAACACUCCUGAACACAGACAUGGACGAGGACGAAGAGAUGGACUGCUCUGCAGACCCCUCUCGUUUUAUCUCAGACCCAGAGUUUGGCUACCAGGAGUUUGCCCGGCAGGAUGAAGUACUGCGGGUGCAGGACUACUCGUGGGAAGACCAUGGUUUCUCGCUGGUGAAUCGGCUCUACUCAGACAUCGGGCACCUGCUGGAUGAUCGCUUCCGGAGCGUGGCAGCAUUACCCUCCCCACACGGCCCAGACCUCCAAAGAGCCAUUUGGAAUUACAUCCACUGUAUCUAUGGCAUAAGAUAUGAUGACUAUGACUAUGGAGAAGUGAAUCAGCUGUUGGAGAAAGGGCUGAAGCUUUACAUCAAGGCAGUAGCGUGUUACCCAGAUGCCACAAAACCCCCCCUCUGUCCCCUGCCCUGGGCUCCCCUGAAACCUGCUGAGAAGGUGCAUGUGAAUUUGUUGGUGAUGGAGGCUCGGCUGCAGGCUGAGCUCCUGUAUGCCCUCAGAGCCAUAACUCAAUACAUGAUCGCCUAGGUGACGUCAGACUCCCUGGAGCGCUAGCUGGGGAGGAGAGUGGGACUGAGGGAGAGUCACGUGCACACCAGUGGUACUGAUCCAGUCAAGGGGUGGAUGGACAGACACAUUGAUGGAUGGCAGAGAGAGAGAGAGAGAGA